AUGGGUCUACUGAGUUCUAAAAACCCACAAACCAAGCAAGCCCAGAUUCUUCUUCUGGGACUUGACUCAGCUGGGAAGUCUACCCUCCUUUACAAAUUGAAGCUUGCUAAGGAUAUCACGACCAUCCCAACAAUAGGUUUCAACGUGGAGACGAUCGAGUUGGAAAAGAGUCUUUCGCUCACGGUCUGGGAUAUUGGAGGACAGGAGAAAAUGAGAACCGUGUGGGAGCACUACUGUGAGAACACCGAUGGGCUUAUGUAUGUUGUGGAUAGUACAGACAAACAGCGGCUGGAAGACUCCAGGAGAGAGCUGAAGCACAUUUUGAAGAAUGAGCACAUUAAAAAUGUGCCUAUUGUCCUAUUAGCCAACAAACAAGAUGUGCCUGGAGCUCUGUCUGCUGAGGACAUCACUAGAAUGUUCAGAGUGAAGAAGCUGUGCAGUGACAGGAACUGGUAUGUGCAGCCCUGCUGUGCCAUCAGUGGGGACGGGCUGAUGGAGGGGUUCAGGAAACUGACCGGAUUUGUGAAAAGCCACAUGAAAUCAAGAGGAGACACCUUGGCAUUCUUCAAGCAGAACUGA